CUGUUCUCUUCUCCUGAACAAAAAUGCAAUCUCAAAUCUCGGUUUGUCUUCUGUUUGUUCUUUUCACUGCAGGACACUCGAUACGCUGUUAUGUGUGCAGAAGUUUGAACAAUCCGUGUGUGAAUAGAGAUGUAGAAUGUCCCAAAACCUUUUUCAAGUGCUGGAGCUUCACAACGCUGCAUUAUUUGGGUAACACAACUAUCAUGUCCAAAGGCAAAGAGUGUGCUGUAAACUGUCAAAACGGCUCCUCCUACACUGGCACAGCAAUGACUUUUUCUGCCUGCUGUGACACUGACCUCUGUAAUGCUGAAAACACUCCAGACCCAAGAACGAUUGCUGCCAAUGGACUGAAAUGUUACUCUUGUGAUGAAAAGAGCUGCACAAACAUAGUGAACUGCACAGGGAGCGAAGACCACUGCAAAACUAUAACACAGAGGAAUGCAAAAGGGGUUUCCGGAGAACCGAUGGUGCAAAAAGGAUGUGCCAGCAAAUCUAUUUGUGAUGCCUCAUUAGCCACUAGUGUUCAGGGCAUCUCCUGUUGUUCAGGGAAUCUGUGUAACGAAGCUAAAAGUGUCACUAAGAGCUUCCUGAUCCUCUGUUUUCCUCUGAUCACCUUCAUCCUGAUGCUCUGA